AGAAUAGAACACAGCCAGUGAUGGGUGUGGUUGUUGUGAAGUUACUUGGGAAGAAACAGCAUCUGCAGUUCCUGUGGUGGGAGUAGAACUGGCUUUAGGGAACGGUCCUAGGCUUUGGAGAUAGCUACUAAAAAAUCCACCUUUUAGCCUGGUCAAGGAUGCUGCUGGGAAUUCGAAGAGGCCGCAAGAGCCAGUUCAAACACAUCGUCCAUGGCCUCCUUCCUGCAGCCAGCAUCGCUCCAAAGCCAGCAGUGCCUCGUACACCUCCCCCCCGCAGCCCCAGCCCGUCCCCUGAGAGGCCAAGAUCUGCACUGGCUGCGGUCAUUUUGGCAACAACACUGACCGGGAGGACGGUUGCCAUCCCCCAGCCUCGCCGGAGGUCGCGGUCUGAGAGUGAUGCCUCCUGUGUGGCCCAGGACAGCGAGAAGGACAGCCUCGUGGAGCCCUACGCCACCAGUGCCGGGCAGCGGCCUCGUUGGCACAGUGGAACAGGAAGAAGAAUUUCUUUACCAUCCUUUGAGGCGCAGAGCUACGGGGAGGGAGAUGACGCCGAGACACAGGUGUCAUCCAGUGACAAGGAGUCUGGGAACGACAGCACCUGGAAAGAAAGAGGCGGCCACCAGGAUGCCGUGUAUGCUGUGCCCCACAGAAGCCAGGUGCCCAUCGUGACAGUGGAGGGAGACUUCCAUUCCAACAGUGGAAUCAAGUCAGCGACCGUGGUGCCAUUGUCAAAUGAAGUGGACAGUGAAGAUGAUGAAAAUAUUUCUGAGCAAGAAGGGUUUCCAGGCUCCCAAUCUCUUACACCUCAACCUAUACAACAAAAAGAUGAUAAGGGCUCUGUUCUGGAUUUAAAGGGUGAAGGGACUGCCUUGCGUGAGAAGCCGCCUCCCUCCCCAGAUGUAACUGGGAGAAUACAUCAGAGAUGUAUAGAAAUAACCAAAGAAAAGUUUAAGGAGUUAAAAGAAGAAAAUUUGCACCUAAGCAACGCAAAUCAAGUCCUUAUGUGUGAACUAAAUGUAAUAAAACAAGAAACGAAAAAAUUACAGUUAAAACUUAAAAGGAUGGAACAAGACAAUGGAACACCGAAAGAGGCUGAGAAAGCGUCCUCUCAGGAAGGAGUUGCUGUACCUGAAUUACUUUAUCUCAGGAAACAAGCCCAAGAGCUGGUGGAUGAAAAUGAUGGCUUGAAAAUGACCGUCCAUCGUUUGAAUGUAGAGCUGAGUAGAUAUCAAACAAAAUUCAGGCAUUUGUCCACAGAAGAGAGUUCCCAUAAUGAAGGCCUCCCAUCAAAGGGCCCUAUACCACCCUGGUUGGUGGAUGUGAAGUAUCUCUCCCCGCUGCUGCUGGCUUAUGAAGACAGAAUGAAAGAGAAGGACGAACUCAAUGCCGCCCUUGAGGAAGAAAUGAGAACGUUUAGGACACGAGUCCAAGAAGUGGUGAAAGAAAAUGAAGAUCUGCACCAGCAGUUAAAUAAGAGCAGUCCUGUUACCAGUGAGGAAUGGUAUCAGCUUCAGACUCAAGCAAAACUAGUUUUAGAGGAAAACAAGCUGUUGCUACAGCAGCUGGAGAUUCAGCAAAGGAAAGCCAAGGACACCCAGCAGCAGCAUCUCCAAGAGGUUUCUAAGCUGACUAAACAGCUUAUGCUCCUGGAGUCACAGAAAGAGAUCCAGGAAAAGGAGCUGGUAGAGAACAAGCAGCAGCUGGAGAGUUUUCGUGCCAAAUGCCAACAACUCCAAACAGACCUGGAUGGCAGGAUUGCGAUGGAAGUUCACAUGUCCAUUGUGAAUGAACUGAAAAGCCAGCUGCAGAAGGAGGAGGAGAGAGAGAGUGCAGAGAUGGAGGAGCUGACGGGGCAGCUGGCGCUCCUGCAGGUGCAGAGGAAGAGCCUGCUUCUGGAGCACAGCAGCCUGGCGGCCCGGAGCAAAGCCCUGGAAGCUGAGCUUGGAAAGAUGCAAAAGAUAAACAGGAAAAAUCAAAAGAAAAUUGAUGUCCUCAAAAAGCAAGUGGAAAAAGCCAUGGGGAAUGAAAUGUCGGCUCACCACUACCUGGCAAACCUCGUUAGCCUGGCAGAGAACGUGACCCAGGAACGAGACAGUCUUAGGUAUUUGGCUAACUUUUUAGAAAGUGAGAAAAACGGAGCCCUCAGCAAGUACCUAAAAGGCAGUAUUCAUGUGGGAAAGUUACAGGAGAAAAUCAAGGGAUACAAGAAGCAGACUGCACUGAAGCUGGGCAACAUCAGCUACCGUCUCCUGGAGCAGGAGGAGGACUUCGAGGGCAAGACUGCGCGCUACCGGCAGGAGUUGAGGCACCUGCACCGCAUGCUGCAGAACAAGCAGGAGGUGCUGGACGAAGCCCUGCAGCAGCAGAGAGAAAUGGAAGGUGAGCUGGAAGUCGUUUGGCAGGCUGCCUCCAAGGAAAACCAAAGGAUGAAAGUGCUGCUCCAGGCCAUGCUGCAGAGAGCGGGUGCACAGGAGGACACCAGGACAGCAGAGGACCUCGGCCUCCUGGACGCCUUGCAGGGACACCGGCUGGAUGGCUGCGGCAUCAACAGCUGUGACCUAAAGCCCCUUGCCACUGCCCACCAGAGCCUGCGAGAGCCUGCGGCUUAGGCCCAUGGGCCUAAAGUCUAGGGAGGGUGGCCCUUGCCCCGGGAGAAGGGGCAGUAUCAAGGGCAGCUUCAAAAGCCCACCCAGCACUGCAGCACCAGGAGGAAAUAAACCAUCACUGAAUGAGGCUUAA